UUUUCCCCUGAUUUGAAUCUUGCCAACUUUAUCUAGACACUGUAUCAUGACACACCCUAAAGAGAAAGGCGUUGGUUAAGGUUCGCUGGCUGGAAGUGUCUUUGUUGCCUCCUGUAACGGUGUCUCUGCUAAUGGGUUCAGUGGACACAAUCUGAAUACUCUACUUUCAGCAAGGAUGUCAUCUUAGUGCUCUCACCAAUGAGCCAGCAACAGUCUGAGAUUGAUCUCAAAUGGGAGCAAACAACUGGUUUAUGACUUUGCUGCUGUUUCAGAUUAGGCCGCUGGGCAUAUUUCAUUUGGAACUGCACCCCCUGUGUAUUUGCAGUCAUUAACUCCUAAAUGUUCAAAUGAGGCAAAUGUAAAACAAAACAGGAGACCCAUUUAAAUAAGCAGCCUAAAGAGAUUUCUUCACUUGCCAUGUUUUUACGCAUUGCUUUAAAUGUACAUCGGUUGUGUAUCCCUCGUCGACGUUUAUUUCUUCUCUUUUUGUGCCUUUCUCUCUUUAUAUUAACUCUUCUGUUCUUCUCAGGGCACCAUGAAGAGAUUAUUUCCUAUGCACUUCCACUUUUCUACCCGACUCGUUCUCCUCUUUCAGCUACUCCAUUUAAACCCCCAGCUAUUCUCCUUUCCCCUGCUAAAGCUUGUUCACCACCCCCCUUGCUUCUUAUCUUAGUCUCUAGCUCUACAUUACACCAUGAGCAACGCAAUGCUAUCAGGCAGACCUGGGGGUCUUCCUCCAACUUGGGUUCUUCGGUGGUCACUUUGUUUGUACUAGGGCUUCCUCAGUCACAGAAUGAUCAAGCUGCUUUGUUCCAGGAGGCAAAGAUCCAUGGGGACAUCAUCCAAGCUGCCUUUACUGACAGUUACCGCAAUCUGACCUUAAAAACUUUAGUGGGAUUAUCAUGGAUGUCACAAAGUUGUCAUGGUGCAAAGUUCCUGAUGAAAACUGAUGAUGAUGUGUUUGUAAAUACAUUUUCCAUGUCAAGAUACCUUCAGGGACAACAUGGUCCUCUCUUUUUAGGGAGGAUGCACUGGAAUGUCUACCCUGACCGAAAUCAUGACAGUCGGCAUUACAUUUCUACUGAUGUGUUCACAGAAAACUACUUCCCACCCUACUGCAGUGGUACAGGUUAUAUUUUGUCUCAUGAAGUAGUUGAGUCGUUAUUGCAACAAACAGGAAAAGGCCCCAUUCUUUCAUUGGAGGAUGCCUAUGUGGGAAUAUUGGCAUGGGCAGCUGGAAUAUCCCCCAAACAUUCAGCAAGGCUAUCUGGCUCCAUGCGUAUACCUCAUAAUGGCUGCUGUUACAGCACAAUGUUCACCUCCCACGGUGUAACACCCAAGGCCAUGAAAGAGGCUUGGAAAAUGUUGAGUGAAGCAAGGAAUGAUUGGUGCCCAUUUGCACUGCUGCGCUGUAAGGUGCUAGGCAAUUUGGUGGAAAACGGACAGUUUGGACAAAUAUGAUUUCCACUUCUAACAGUUGGCUAAUUCAUAUACACUGGAUCCAUAAAAUGCAUUUCAGAAUAACAUAUCUGACAAUUAAACAUUUCAAAGUUGGCCUGCGCACUCCCGUAAUUUUAGAAACGUGAAUCAAUUAUAUCUUGUAAAAUAUUAAAAAAAACACUUGUCUUGUCUGCUUUGAACAAUGAAAUAAGGGUAUUACAGUUAAGGAACAAACAUAUAAAGAUUAAGGGCUAUGAGUACCUAAUCUACCCCAUAGCAUAAAGUAUGGACAAUGUGACAGUGAGCAUCAACCUUCAGUUUAGCUUUAGCUUGCAUUCCUUAACAAGAAACCUACAAGACUGAAGGACUGUGCCUCUAAAAUAUAUCCCCAGAACUCCAAUCUUUUUUUUUUUAUGCUCAGAACAGCUUAACAAAGUAAAAGAAAAGCCAAGAGUUAAUCAUUGGGAACAGAAGGGCAGGUGUCUGGUUGGAAGAGCAGAGUGAAGAAAGGUUUUUUUUGUGCACUUUUUGUACGCUUUUGGGAUGCUCAGUAACAUUCCACAUGCGACACAGCACAUGCUCUGUCUAAUAUGGGCUGCUGUUUAACAAGCUGAUCCUAGUAAUAUGAUCACAGCAUACCAAGGAAAUCUAUAUCAUAGUAAGUGACCUAAUAAAGAAUCUUACCACAUUGACAUAUAAAUCUUGCCCUGAUACAAUUAAGGAGGUGGCCCAUAGUACAUUAAAUUACACAUUUUUUAUUUAGGAUUAUCCGAUGGCACGUACUACCAGAAAAGUAUAUUUUUAUGAAAAUGGUUUAUUUAAUUGAAGCAGUGUUUGCAAAUGGACUGUUGUAUGCAAUAUAUAUUAGUAUAGAGACCUAAAAUUUUCAGGUGUAUUGUUUCCCUUUAAGCCUUCAAUGUCUACUGUCUUUGCUUCUAAUUAUCACUUCACAUCCCCUCUUCUAGCUGUAUCCAGUUUUUUUCUUAAAAAAAAAUGUUUUUAAUUUCUGCUUUCCUCUCAUCUUCCUUCUGUUUUUCAUUCUUUCUGGCUUUCCAGCUUUCACAAUGAUUUCCCUCUACUGUAUGUGCAUAAUUGUGCACCCUCUAUGCCAGAUGAUGUUUUUGAAGUUUCAUGUACCCCAUAUGUUCAGGACAUGUAAAUCAUAGAAUUAAGAAAAUACACUAUAUAAAUUGACAUACACUCUGCUAUUGUGUGGCUGGAGAAUGCAGGACGGUAAAUAAGCACUAUAUAACCAAAGGUAUGUGAACACCUGCCUGUCCAAAAUCUCUUUGCAAAACCAAGACUAUUAACAUGUGGCUGGUCCUCUUUUCACUCCUAUUUCUGCAAACCAAUACUGAAUGGACCUUUGAGCAUGGGAUCCUUAUCUUGCUAACACAGGAAAGGACAUUCUCUAAAAUAACAGCCACAAAUUAGGAAGCACAGAAUUAAUAAUAUAUAUGAUUCAACAGAAUUUGACAACACUUUCCAGUGGUUAUUAAGCAUGUGGCUUUGUUUUCUUGUUCUUCCAUUUUUUCUUUUAUACCAGUGGCCACUUUGAGACCCUCUAUACCUGUUGUACUGCAGUUUAAACAAAAAUCAAUAAAACAGAUUGGUAAAUAUA